UUCGUGGAAGUGCACAUAUGUGUGGAAGUUGCUCCGUAGAUCGUCAUAAAUAUGUGCUGUCAAACUAACCAUGCCGAGACGUGUUAGUCAUCGUGAGAACUAGAUUCGUCGACGAUCAAUCAAAACAUGGUCUCGAUCAUUAAAAAUCAGUUGCUGAAACACUUGUCCAGGUUUACCAAGAAUUUGUCUGCUGACAAGAUAAAUUUGAGCACAUUUAAAGGUGAAGGAGAAUUGACAAAUUUGGAACUUGAUGAAAUAGUCCUUACUGAUUUACUAGAGCUGCCAUCGUGGUUAAGAUUAACUAGUGCUUGGUGCAACAAGGUUUCAUUUCGCAUACAAUGGACCAAACUAAAAAGUGUUCCUAUCUUUUUGAGUUUGGAUGAGGUCCAUAUAGAUGUAGAAACAUGUGAGGACCUGAGAAGUAUGUCUUCCCCACAGGGUAUGUCAUCAUAUGCAGGUCCUGCAAAAUAUUCUUUUAUACAUAAAGUAAUUGAUGGGAUAACAGUAGCUGUUAACACUGUAUUAGUUACAUUUAAAAGUCCUGCAUUCAUCGCUUCAGUUCAGAUGAAUCGGAUAAUGGUGGAAUCCAAGUCAGCAACAUGGCAGCGUUGUGAUCUCAGAACUACCAGAUUAAAAGAUCCCGAUCGAGGACAGUUACUUAUCUUUAAGGAGUUAGAAUGGCAAACCGUUAGAAUAGAGGCUCAAAGUACUAAGGAUAAAAAUCUGACGCCACUUCGUCUACUUACAAAUCAAGCGAGAUGCAGAAUUACUAUAAAGAAGAGAAUUUCAGAUUGCUUUGUCAUGGGCUCCAGGCUGGUGAUCAUACUCGACGAUCUUUUGUGGGUGCUAACGGAUUCGCAGUUGAAAGCUGCUCUCUUGUUCCUCGAUUCUUUGGGGGGUCUCAUCGAGAAAGCCACCAUUCUCGAGAGAAAAACGAAAGCUGCAAGAAAAUUAGAAGUUUUACCGGAAUAUCAGGCUCAAAUAUCUCAACAAAGUAGAACAAAAAAUCAGUACAAUUCAGCGAUAUCAAAAAUAUUUACGAGAUACGAUGUUGUAGAGACGUCUUAUCAUUUUCUUUCGCAACGUAUUGAUCUUCAUUUGUGCGACGAUGCCGGCGGCGGUAGAUCGUUAUAUCCCGAGCUGAAGGACGGCGGCGCGUUGCAAAUUUCUUUAGUUAAAUUUCAAAUAGAUUAUUAUCCGUAUCACCUGGCCAUGGCGGACAGGAAGCACUGGGCGAAAUACAAGGAAAAUGCUACACCCCACAGCCAGUGGUUGCAACAGUCGUUGAGCUCGUUUCGAACUCAGUUUAUGGAUCUCAUAGAUUCCAGUAGGACGCAACAUUCUCCUCUAACAAGAAGUCAAGGAAACGUGACAAGUGGCGGUGCAAAAAGCUCUGGGGAAAAUGCGGAGAAGAGCAAUCAGAAUCAACAGAAUCCGAACGCGACUCCUGCCGAGCCUAAGAAAUCUCAGCAUCCCAGUGGCAACCCGGUGAAGAAUUACGUUUUGGAACAGCUCGCCAAACUAAUGACAACGUGCAUUAUUAUCAGGAUUGACGACUUCACUUUGUACAAAGUGACAACAACGUCGCGCAACCCAUUACCGAAGGAAUUUAUCACCGCUCAAACGAGGAAAAAGCAUACGCCAGGUGAUCGCGACAGGUUCAGUCUUCCAGAAGAUGUAACGAUACUUCAUGCCGAGUUUACUUAUUACUAUUAUCCAGGAGACAUUACUUUUCCAUUGCCACCGCCUAAGUUUUAUGUGCAGCUUAAUCCGAUUCAAGUGAAUUUUGACGUUUGUUCGUGUCUUUGGUUCAAUUCUUUCGCGCUGAAUCUUCAUCACUCUCUCAUGGGAAAAGACAAGCAAUUGAGCUCUUCGCGACUGAUGUACUUUGACGUAAAAAUAGAGGCUAUACUUCCAAGAAUAGUUUUUGAAAGUCAACAGGAUUAUCCGAAUCAGAAAGACAGACCGAAGUCUCUGCAUAUUCAAACAUCGAGAGCAUCCAUAACGAACGUCCGAUCAACUGAGAGAUCCUCAAAAGCGGAUUUGGCACAGUGCCUGAAUGCAUUUCAGAUGGGACAGAUGUUUUUUGGCGCGGAAUUUCCAAGUAAACCGGGAGAUUUUCACGUGGUAACGGAGAAAUUUCUAGCGCAUUGCGGAGGCACCGACAAUAUAAAGCAAACGCCGCCCAAUUUCAGCAGCAAUUCCGUGAACGAGCUGCUUCGUCAGCUGAAUCGGGAGCUUUUAUGGACGGAGGCGAAGGACGUGUGGUGUUGCAAUUUGGAACCUGUGUGGGGCGAUUUUCUCGGCGCGCGGGCCGUAGGUCAAAAUCGACCCGUGCCGUUUCUAGACGCGUUUCCUCUGACGUUGUGGUGCCAUUUCACCACAACGAACUCGUCGUCGACCACGGAGACGUCUUCAAGCGCCGAUAUUCACGGGCUGGCGUACAUAAGCAAUCUAGUUAGCGUGCAGAUAAAUCAUUACCAGUACUUGUUUCUAUUGAGAUUGUCGGAGAUACUCUCCGAGAUGGCUGUUUACUUGGCUGUGGAUUCGAAUAAGAUCUUGAAAGUCGAGAGCGGUGGAUCGCUGAUCAUAGGAGCGUUGAUACCGCAGGUCGAGGUGACAUUUGUGAUGCCGUCGCAAACACCUGGCAAAGAAAACUCGGGCGGUGAUUUGGAAUCUGUCGUGCCCGAUUCGUCCAGUAUAGCAGACGAUAUCGUUGGCUCGUCCGCAGUCGUCAUGGGGAGCGGGCGAAUCGAUUUUAGCGCCAAGAGAAUGAACACAAGUAACGACGUAGAGACACCUCAGAGCGAGGCUUCAUCGAUGCUGUCGAUGGAUUAUUCGCACUCCGUGCCGGCGUCGCAGCCGGUUGUCACUUUCAAGCAAAACGGCACGAGAAAAGGCAAUGAGGAGCGUCUAGCGAAUACGAUACAUCACACUCUUCGAUUAGAACCACAAAUGGCAGAAGUCAGGCAAUUGCCGCAACAUUUGAUCGGCGUCGGCGACGAGAGGAAACAAAGCGCAGAAGCUGCGCAGAAACAUAACAAAUCGGAUUCAAACACACCUUUUAUCCCAAAUAAUUUCAAUGUUAAUCUCUCGUCCAUGAAAAAAGGACUCAGCAAUCUGAUGACAUCGAUUGAUUUUUCGGCUCUGAAAGCCUCCCCGGAGGACGGCAGUAGCGACACGGUGUCAAUAAGAAGCGACGUUAGCUCGGACAGUGAGAAUUACGUUCUGGUGAGUCUUCAGGAUCAGGGAAAAUUCGACGCGCUGUUUGGCAUUGAUAAUACGAUUCGAAUAACGACAGUGGAAGAAGCGACCGAAGUGGUGGAAGAAACACCGGAUACGCAGAGUGAAAGAUCAAUGGACAGUGUAUGCAAGAGAAAAGAUAUCGUUUCGAUAGCAACGUUCAAGCUGUCGAAAGUCGAACUUAUACAACAGUCUUGCGGCUAUUCGUCUGUCAUCAAAGUUCAAGUUUCUAACAUCGACAAUGACGAGUGCUCGUCCAUUCCUUGGGAUGAAUUUCAGGUCAAGAGAAAGACCAAGUUCAGCUCGCGAUCUCGAGGUUGGGUAGAAUUACCGUCCGAUUCUGACUGCAGAUCACGUAUUAAGCUACGUUUGGAUCAUUGUUUGAAAAAUGCGGAAGAUUCUCGUAGACUUUCGGACGCCGGUCAGAAAGCAUCUCAGGAUCACGCUAGAUUGACCGAGCAAACCGCCAUCACAACCGCCGUAUCCCGUACGUCCGGCAUCAAUGUGCAUGACAAAGAGAACGUUAUGAAUUUGUUCGAGGACAAGCUGGAAAUGAAAGUCUCUAACAUAGCAAUGGCGUUGUCGAUGAGUUCGGUGACGGGUCUGGCGGAUCUGGCCGAGGACGAGAUCAUACCCAAACCGAUUCCCAUGCAAAUAUACUUAGAAAAUAUAUCAUUGCGCUUAAACGAAGAUCGUCCGCCAAAUAACAUAACUUCCCCGGGCCCGAUCCCGAUAGAUUUGAACAUAUCAAAACUCAGGAUAGAGCGCGACACGAGCGGCGUGUUUCACAUCGAACCGGUUGUAACUCCAAUAGACGAGAGCCAUUUGAACGUGGCGUUAUCGGGCGAUAAAAAUCACAAGAAUGCGGAGUGCGAGAUGGAAUUGAACGCUCUACGACAAUCUAGCAGACAAUUAAAAAUAGACAAUGAAGAAUUGAGACGUCGCAUGGGAGCUCUGGAAAGACUGUCGGAGGAAAACGCGAAACUGAUGCGCGCGAAAGAGGAAUCGGAUAUGAUAAAAUCCCGUUUGAGCGUCGCCGAGGACGACAUCGCUAACCUUCUGGAAGAAAAGAGAAUCCUACACGAGACCAUCUCGGAGCUGCAAAGGCAAAGACUGGAAAGUGGUUCCGGAGGUAGUAACAGAACUUCGUGGUCUAUUAAGAGAUAGCACACCAGUUGUUUCGAUUGUUCUAAAUGUUGCAGUUCCAAUAAGUCAUAAGUCAUUUUAUUUCUUCCCUAUAUCCACGAAAGAAAAGUUUUUUUUGAUACAUUUACGAUAAAAAUUACAUGAACAAUAACGCGACUUUUUUUUCUUCAUUAUUUUCUCGAUAUUUUUUGUCUUUAUACAUAGAUUAACAUGAGUUGAAUGAUGCUUGCUUGUUAAUUAUUUUGGAAAUAUUACAAGAUCCGCAAAUUUGUUUUUUAAACGCAUUACUCUGCCGUACAUUACAUUAGUAACUGCCAUUUGAGUAUUUUGCUUAAAACGAAAAUCACAAUAAGAGUUACAUGAAUUUCGUGUGUGACGCGAACUUAAACGGAAGAUGAUAUCAAUUUUCUUACUACGAUAGAGUGUGCAAGAGGAUAAACUGCACUAUUAAUUAAAUGAUUUUGUUUUACACGUAUAUAGUUGGACAUUAGUAUUUCGGGUUUUUUUUUUUUUUUAAUUUUUGACAAGUGAUAAAUCGCCUGUAUAUCCGCUUUUUUCAAAGUAGUAUGACUGAAAGUUACAUAUUGUAUAUAUUCUACGCAUAAAUUUUGUUACAUAUCUAUACAUAUGCUUGAUAUAAUAUAGAUAUAUGGCAUACAUAUCCUUCUAAAAUAAAGUGUAGUAGAUAUAGAAUACUUCUGAACAAAAAAAAACGAAAGAAUCUGUAAAAUUGACAAAGACAUCUGUUUAGUUCUCAAUUUUAGCGCGGUGAAGUCUGUUGGUCAGUGUGUCAAAAAGUGCUUGUGUCAGAAUAUUUCAGAGGGAUAUGCGUGCGCACAUAUCGCGUGAAAGCAAAAGUCGCGCUAGUCAAUACAUCACGAUUAUAUGCAUAUUGGUUUGACUUUCUGAUUUAUUAUAGGUGAUUUUGUGCAUGUAAAUGGUCCAUGAGAGCGUUUUUGUAAAGCACAAAAAAUUGAUUUCGACUACAAGCGAUGCAAAACAUAGCAAUGUAUACUAGUUGGAGCCUACAGAUAGACUGUUCCAAGUGGGAAUUGUGACCUCAUAAUAUCGCAUUUCAUCGUAUACAUAUAUACAACAUACAUAAUUUUCUAAUUGACUGAUUUAAAUAGUUCAUCGCGAGUGAUGAAAAUUAUAAUAAUAAUAACAAUACACACGCGGUGUGUGUAUGUAUGUGUGGGUGCGUGCGUGCGUGCGUGCAUGCAUGCGUGCGUGUGUGUGUGGGUGCAUUACGUGAUGGAACGUUCCAAUAAGACUGUAUAAAAUUCGGAGAUAUUGGUUUAAUAAUAGUCGCACUCUAGAGCCCUCGCAGGGCACUUUGUAUAAAAACAGCCAGUUGUUUCGAUGAACUUUUAGAGAAAGAGGAAUUGUGAGAUUCGACAAAAAUCGACAUACGGUUCUUGGAACGCAAAUCCGUCAGUUGUUGGCAAUCGGUCCCGGAUAAUAGCUUUUUUAGAGUUUGAUUUCGAUAAGAAAUUUAGUUUCUACUGAUGGAUUGCUGGCCGAUCCUAACAUACAAACGGAAAGUAUUUUUUUAGCGCAUGCGACGAAAUACACACGAUGCAAUUGAAGUUUCUUUCACAAUGUGUAUAAAUUUCCGCUCUGAGUGUAUACAUCUCUUAUAGAUAUGUAUUUCCAUUUGUACACAGUUCCAAGAGGUGCGCGUUCCCUUGACAAAUAUUCUCUAACGAAUCUAAAAACAUUGCGACAAGAUAUCGUUUACGUUUCUGUGUGAUGAUGUACAGUAUUGUUUAAAAGAUAGUGCAAUAAGAUUCUGGUUACCUAAUAUUUGACCAGCGAACGCGAUGGCCGAAGUUGUUAUGACAGAAAUGUUGCAGCGUAGAGAAAAGAAGAAGAAGCAAAAGUUUUUGUUACUUCAGGUUACAGAUAAACUUUUUAUGAUGCACAUAUCAUACAUACGUUAUAAAACUUGUGCUUACAUAUAUAUAAAUAUCUUGAUAACAGUAUACUGCAAAAACAAAAUCAUUUUUGCAGUUUGAUUUAAUUAUUAAUGAUAUUUUUUCACGUCUGAUUUAAGUCAACUUCCUCAAGUUUGUUCAUACACGAUUCCUUUCUCAGAAACUUAACUUACGCAUUAGUGCCACACACGUUUUCAUUGCGUGUAAGAGAAUUGUGCUAAAGUUAUUUUAAAUCUUUAGAUUUAAUUGCAAAGACUUUAUUUGUUUUUAGGAAAUAAACUCGUAUAUAUUACGUUUUGAUAUCAUAUGUUAUGGAGAAUUUUUUAUGUAUACUUUUCAAGUUUAGACAAAGGUUGGUUCUUUCUUCCAGUUUUUAAGUUGUAUGUUUAUACACAUAAGGGCGCUUUAAUAAUUUAUACCAAAUAUAUAUAUAUAAAUACAUAUAGUAAAAUAAAGACAUAAUCUAAUUAAACAACUGCAAGUGCUAUGAGUAGAACUGUGUAUCGAAGGAAAUUGCUUUGUGAAACACAAAGCCUAAGACAUUUUAUUCUUCCUUUAUAUACUUUUAGACAAUUAGUUAUAUUAUGUAACAGAAUUAGAUUAGAUCUCGUUUAUUACAUGUAAUAUAUUUAUACAAACUUGAGGAAGUUGACAAACAUGAUGGACUAUUUGUACAAUAAUUUAACACUACCACGUGGUUAAAAAAAAGUAUGUUUUACAGUUAUAUGUGUUAGAAUUAUUUAGAUUUUAUACAAAAAAACCAUAUGUGCACGCGUUAAAAUUUUAUGUAUACCGUAUGUGCACACUGACGGUUUUUUAUGAUACAUAUAUUUCUAUAUUGUUGAAUUUUUAAUAUGUUGUUACUUUUUAUUUUAGCCUUGUAUGGUGUGCAAAUCUCGAAUUAAUACGUUCGCGUCGAGUUUGACACUGUCACAGCGAGAUAAGAUUCCUUGCGAGGCAACGUGUUUGAUUCCAUAUCUAAUACUUGCAUAACUUUUGCGCUAGUUACUCUAGUUAGUAAUAUUUCAAAAACAAAAAACAAAAAAUGUCGCAUACACGUGCAUAUAUAU